ACCUAUCGACCAUAGAUUAUAAACUUCACGUUGCUACUGGCAACACUAACUGUCUCUCUUUCAUUUUGUUGUGACAGCUGCAAGCGGCAAAAUGUCUGCUCACAAGACAUUUAUUAUCAAGCGGAAGCUCGCUAAGAAGCUGAAACAGAACAGACCUAUUCCUCAAUGGGUUAGAAUGCGUACAGGAAACACAAUCAGAUACAACGCCAAGAGGCGUCACUGGAGGAGGACUAAGCUGAAGCUGUAAGGAGUGUUGUGCGAUGUCUGUACCUUGUAAGCUGAAUAAAACAACUUAAAAAAAAUUGCCUUUUUAAUUUCAUUUCAUUUAGUUUUUUUCU